GGAGGGAGGAGGAGGAAAAAUAAAGAGGAGAGAACGGAGCAGGGCUGAACAAUAGAGACAGGCAGACGGGAGAGAAGGAGGACCAGCUGCUGCUGCUGGAGAAGGAGAGCCGGAGGCUGAGGCAUCUUGGACCCCUGUGCCCGAGUCAGCGAGCAGGCGAGCAGCCCGGCGGAGGGGACGGGCUACCAUGGGGGAGCCGGCAGAAGGCUCCCCCAGCCCUCCCCGAGGUUCUGCUUGAAGCUGGGCAUCAUCUCCUCUGGCUCCGCUGCCCCCAUCCCGCUUCUGCCAGUCUAGGAACCCCAAUUCCUUAAGAUCUGAUCGCCUCAGCUUCUGGGCACCGGGUCUCCGCCGCCCUCGCCUCCGCCCCCACGGAGGAGACGAGACGCCGGCCCUCCGUUUCACCUCCCGGGGGCUGCCUACAGAGCCCCCUCCCCAGUCAUGAACCCCCCGGAGGGGGCAGCGGAGGAAGGAGGAGCCGCGGACUCGGACGUGGAUGCGUUUUUCCGGACAGGUUCUUUUCGAAAUGAUGGUUUGAAAGCUGCUGAUGUCCUCCCUAUCCUAAAGGAAAAAGUGGCAUUUGUGUCAGGUGGCCGAGAUAAGCGAGGUGGACCCAUACUGACUUUCCCUGCACGAAGCAAUCAUGACAGAAUAAGGCAGGAAGACUUGCGAAAACUUGUGACUUAUUUGGCCAGUGUGCCCAGCGAGGACGUGUGCAAGCGUGGCUUCACUGUUAUUAUCGACAUGAGGGGGUCCAAGUGGGACCUCAUCAAGCCCCUGCUGAAGACGCUGCAGGAGGCCUUCCCUGCUGAGAUCCACGUGGCCCUUAUCAUCAAGCCCGAUAACUUCUGGCAGAAGCAGAAAACCAACUUUGGCAGCUCCAAAUUCAUCUUUGAGACAAGCAUGGUGUCGGUGGAAGGUCUGGCUAAGCUGGUGGACCCUUCCCAGCUGACGGAGGAAUUUGAAGGCUCCCUGGACUACAACCACGACGAGUGGAUAGACCUCCGGGUCUCCUUGGAGGAGUUCUUCAAUAGUGCUGUUCAUCUGCUCUCCCGUCUUGAGGACCUUCAAGAGAUGCUGGCCCGCAAAGAGUUCCCUGUGGAUGUGGAAGGCUCUCGGCGGCUCAUUGAUGAGCACACGCAGCUCAAGAAGAAGGUGCUGAAGGCCCCUGUGGAAGAGUUGGACAGGGAAGGGCAGCGGCUGCUUCAGUGCAUUCGCUGCAGUGAUGGCUUCUCUGGGCGUAACUGCAUCCCAGGCAGUGCCGACUUCCAGAGCCUCGUCCCCAAGAUCACCAGCCUCCUGGACAAAUUGCACUCGACCCGGCAACACCUGCACCAGAUGUGGCACGUACGCAAACUCAAACUGGACCAGUGCUUCCAGCUGCGGCUCUUUGAGCAAGAUGCUGAGAAGAUGUUCGACUGGAUCAGCCAUAACAAAGAGUUAUUCCUCCAGAGUCAUACGGAGAUUGGAGUCAGCUACCAACAUGCCUUGGACCUACAGACUCAGCACAAUCACUUUGCUAUGAACUCCAUGAAUGCCUACGUGAACAUCAACCGCAUCAUGUCUGUGGCCUCCCGCCUGUCAGAAGCAGGGCACUAUGCUUCCCAGCAGAUCAAACAGAUCUCCACCCAAUUGGACCAGGAAUGGAAAAGCUUUGCAGCCGCCCUUGAUGAGCGCAGUACCAUUCUUGCCAUGUCAGCCGUGUUCCACCAGAAAGCUGAGCAGUUCUUAUCAGGAGUGGAUGCUUGGUGCAAGAUGUGCAGUGAAGGUGGCCUCCCAUCUGAGACACAGGACCUAGAGCUGGCCAUCCACCAUCAUCAAUCCUUGUAUGAACAAGUGACACAAGCCUAUACUGAGGUCAGCCAGGAUGGCAAAGCCUUGCUGGAUGUAUUGCAGAGACCCCUGAGUCCCGGAAAUUCAGAGUCCCUCACGGCCACUGCCAAUUACUCCAAAGCUGUACACCAGGUCCUGGAUGUGGUCCACGAGGUCCUGCACCACCAGCGGAGGCUCGAGAGCAUCUGGCAGCACCGGAAGGUCCGCCUCCACCAGCGGCUACAGCUCUGCGUUUUCCAGCAAGACGUGCAGCAGGUGUUGGACUGGAUCGAAAACCAUGGAGAGGCCUUUCUCAGCAAACACACAGGGGUUGGAAAAUCCCUGCAUCGAGCCCGGGCCCUGCAGAAGAGACAUGAUGACUUUGAAGAAGUAGCUCAGAACACAUACACCAAUGCCGACAAGCUCCUAGAAGCAGCUGAGCAGUUGGCGCAGACUGGGGAAUGUGACCCAGAGGAGAUCUACAAGGCAGCUCGGCACCUGGAAGUCCGAAUCCAAGAUUUCGUGCGCCGGGUGGAGCAGCGGAAGCUUCUCUUGGACAUGUCUGUCUCCUUUCACACGCACACCAAAGAGUUGUGGACAUGGAUGGAGGACCUCCAGAAGGAACUGCUGGAAGAUGUGUGCGCGGACUCGGUGGACGCUGUCCAGGAACUAAUCAAGCAGUUCCAGCAGCAGCAGACGGCCACUCUAGAUGCCACACUCAACGUCAUCAAGGAAGGAGAAGAUCUCAUUCAGCAACUCAGGGAUUCGGCAGUGUCCAGCAACAAGACGCCUCACAAUAGCUCCAUCAGUCACAUCGAAUCAGUCCUGCAGCAGCUCGAUGAAGCCCAAGUGCAGAUGGAAGAGCUUUUCCAUGAGCGCAAAAUCAAGCUGGACAUCUUCCUACAGCUUCGGAUCUUUGAGCAAUAUACCAUUGAGGUGACGGCGGAGCUGGACGCCUGGAACGAGGACCUGCUGAGACAAAUGAAUGACUUCAACACGGAGGACCUGACCCUGGCGGAGCAGCGGUUACAGCGUCACACGGAGAGGAAGCUGGCCAUGAAUAACAUGACCUUUGAAGUCAUCCAGCAGGGCCAGGACCUGCAUCAGUACAUCAUGGAGGUCCAGGCUUCAGGCAUCGAGUUAAUCUGUGAGAAGGACAUUGAUCUCGCAGCCCAAGUACAAGAGCUCCUGGAGUUUCUCCACGAGAAGCAACAUGAAUUGGAGCUUAAUGCAGACCAGACCCACAAGCGUUUGGAGCAAUGCCUGCAGCUCCGACACCUCCAGGCUGAGGUCAAACAGGUCCUGGGCUGGAUCCGCAAUGGGGAGUCAAUGCUUAAUGCCAGCUUGGUCAACGCCAGCUCUUUGUCAGAAGCUGAGCAGCUUCAGCGGGAGCAUGAACAGUUCCAACUAGCCAUAGAGUCCCUCUUUCAUGCAACUUCCUUGCAGAAGACGCACCAGAGUGCUCUGCAGGUACAGCAGAAGGCAGAGGUGUUGCUCCAAGCUGGGCACUACGAUGCUGACGCCAUCCGGGAAUGUGCUGAGAAGGUGGCAAUGCACUGGCAACAGCUGAUGCUGAAGAUGGAAGACAGGCUCAAGCUGGUCAAUGCCUCUGUGGCCUUUUACAAAACAUCCGAGCAGGUAUGCAGUGUCCUGGAGAGCCUAGAGCAGGAAUACCGGAGAGAUGAGGACUGGUGCGGUGGGCGAGAUAAAUUGGGGCCAGCUGCAGAGAUUGACCAUGUCAUUCCACUCAUCAGCAAACAUCUGGAACAAAAGGAGGCUUUUCUCAAGGCAUGCACACUUGCCCGCAGAAAUGCUGAAGUAUUUCUGAAGUAUAUCCACAGGAAUAACGUCAGCAUGCCCAGUGUGGCCAGCCAUACCCGGGGACCUGAGCAACAAGUAAAAGCCAUCUUGAGCGAGCUUCUUCAGAGGGAGAACCGAGUGCUGCAUUUCUGGACCUUGAAGAAGCGACGAUUAGACCAGUGCCAGCAAUAUGUGGUGUUUGAACGCAGCGCCAAGCAGGCACUCGACUGGAUCCAGGAGACAGGCGAAUAUUUCCUCUCAACACACAACUCCACUGGGGAUUCCACAGAGGAGACUCAGGAACUGCUGAAAGAGUAUGGGGAAUUCAGGGUGCCAGCCAAGCAAACAAAAGAGAAAGUGAAGCUUCUGAUUCAACUGGCUGACAGCUUUGUCGAAAAGGGCCACAUUCAUGCUACUGAGAUCAGGAAGUGGGUGACUACGGUUGACAAGCACUAUAGGGACUUCUCCCUGAGGAUGGGAAAGUACCGCUAUUCAUUGGAGAAAGCCCUGGGAGUCAACACUGAGGAUAACAAGGAUCUGGAGCUGGACAUCAUUCCAGCAAGCCUCUCAGAUCGUGAGGUCAAACUACGGGAUGCCAACCAUGAGGUCAAUGAAGAGAAGCGGAAAUCAGCCCGGAAAAAAGAAUUCAUCAUGGCAGAACUCCUCCAGACGGAAAAGGCAUAUGUAAGAGAUUUACAUGAGUGCUUAGAGACGUACCUGUGGGAAAUGACAAGUGGCGUGGAGGAGAUCCCCCCUGGGAUUCUUAACAAAGAACACAUCAUCUUUGGCAAUAUCCAGGAAAUCUACGAUUUUCAUAACAAUAUCUUCCUCAAAGAACUGGAGAAGUAUGAACAAUUGCCUGAGGACGUGGGACACUGCUUUGUCACCUGGGCAGACAAAUUCCAGAUGUACGUCACCUACUGUAAAAACAAGCCUGAUUCCAGCCAGUUGAUCCUGGAGCAUGCAGGCACCUUCUUUGAUGAAAUCCAGCAACGCCAUGGACUAGCCAACUCUAUUUCUUCCUACUUAAUCAAGCCUGUCCAGAGGAUCACUAAGUACCAACUGCUCCUGAAGGAACUUUUAACCUGCUGUGAAGAAGGGAAAGGGGAGCUCAAGGAUGGCCUGGAAGUGAUGCUCAGCGUUCCAAAGAAAGCUAAUGACGCCAUGCACGUCAGCAUGUUGGAAGGGUUUGAUGAGAACCUGGAUGUUCAGGGGGAGCUGAUUCUCCAAGAUGCCUUCCAAGUAUGGGAUCCCAAGUCUCUUAUCCGGAAGGGACGAGAAAGACAUUUGUUCCUCUUUGAGAUCUCUUUGGUGUUUAGCAAGGAAAUCAAAGACUCUUCAGGGCACACAAAAUAUGUUUACAAGAACAAACUACUGACCUCAGAACUGGGUGUGACAGAACACGUGGAAGGCGAUCCCUGUAAAUUUGCCUUGUGGUCUGGGCGCACACCUUCCUCAGACAACAAGACUGUAUUGAAGGCCUCCAGUAUUGAAACCAAGCAGGAGUGGAUCAAGAACAUUCGAGAGGUGAUUCAGGAAAGGAUCAUUCACCUGAAGGGUGCUUUAAAAGAGCCCAUACAGCUCCCUAAGACACCAGCCAAACAGAGGAACAAUAGUAAGAGGGAUGGAAUAGAUGAUAUCGACAGCCAGGGGGAUGGGAGCAGUCAACCGGACACCAUCUCCAUCGCCUCCAGAACCUCUCAGAACACAGUAGACAGUGACAAGCUCUCUGGAGGAUGUGAGCUGACCGUGGUGCUCCAGGACUUCAAUGCUGGCCACAGCAGCGAGUUGACCAUUCAGGUGGGACAGACGGUGGAGCUAUUGGAGAGACCCAGUGAACGACCUGGUUGGUGUCUAGUCCGAACCACUGAACGAAGCCCCCCACAGGAGGGUCUGGUUCCCAGCAGCGCACUCUGCAUAUCCCAUUCCAGAAGUAGUGUGGAGAUGGACUGCUUCUUCCCUUUGGUGAAAGACGCUUAUUCAGUCUCUUCGGGUGAAAAUGGAGGCAAGUCAGAGUCUGUGGCCAAUCUCCAACCUCAGUCAUCCUUAAACUCCAUCCAGAGCUCUCCAGGUCCCAAACGUUCCACCAACACCCUCAAGAAAUGGUUGACUAGUCCCGUGCGCAGACUCAACAGUGGCAAAGCCGAGAGCAAUAUCAAAAAGCAAAAGAAAGUACGAGAUGGCCGGAAAAGUUUCGAUCUGGGAUCUCCCAAGACUGGCGAUGAAACUACCCCCCAGGGAGACAGUGCUGAUGAGAAGAGCAAGAAAGGCUGGGGUGAAGAUGAGCCUGAUGAAGAAUCCCACACACCACUUCCUCCUCCAAUGAAAAUCUUUGACAAUGACCCUACUCAGGAUGAAAUGUCCUCCUCUUUGCUAGCAGCCCGGCAGGGUUCUGCUGAUGUUCCCACUGCUGCGGACCUUGUCAGUGCAAUAGAAAAAUUGGUCAAAAGUAAACUGAGCCUAGAAGGAGGUUCUUACCGAGGGAGCUUGAAAGACCCCACGGGUUGUCUGAAUGAAGGGAUGACUCCACCUACACCACCUCGGAACCUGGAAGAGGAGCAGAAAGCCAAAGCCCUCAGGGGCAGGAUGUUUGUCCUGAAUGAGCUGGUCCAGACAGAGAAAGACUAUGUUAAAGACCUGGGAAUUGUAGUGGAGGGAUUCAUGAAGAGAAUAGAAGAAAAGGGAGUUCCUGAAGAUAUGCGAGGGAAAGACAAGAUCGUGUUUGGCAAUAUUCAUCAGAUUUAUGACUGGCAUAAAGAUUUUUUCCUGGCUGAACUGGAGAAAUGUAUUCAGGAGCAAGAUCGGCUGGCACAACUUUUUAUUAAGCAUGAGCGGAAAUUGCACAUCUACGUGUGGUACUGUCAGAAUAAGCCACGGUCAGAGUACAUAGUCGCCGAAUAUGACGCCUACUUUGAAGAAGUAAAACAGGAAAUCAACCAGAGGCUGACACUUAGUGACUUCCUCAUCAAGCCCAUUCAGAGAAUAACCAAGUACCAGUUGUUGCUCAAGGACUUCCUAAGGUACAGUGAGAAGGCUGGUCUGGAGUGUGCAGACAUUGAGAAAGCAGUAGAGUUAAUGUGCCUUGUUCCAAAACGCUGCAAUGACAUGAUGAACCUGGGACGCUUGCAGGGCUUUGAGGGCACUCUGACAGCCCAGGGAAAGCUGCUUCAGCAGGAUACCUUCUACGUGAUUGAGCAGGAUGCAGGCAUGCAAUCCCGGACCAAGGAGAGGAGGGUGUUCCUCUUUGAACAGAUUGUCAUCUUCAGUGAGCUUCUGCGGAAGGGCUCUCUCACACCAGGUUACAUGUUCAAAAGAAGCAUCAAGAUGAACUAUCUUGUCCUGGAGGAGAACGUGGACAACGAUCCCUGUAAGUUUGCCCUUAUGAGCCGGGAAACGUCAGAAAGGGUUGUUCUGCAGGCAGCCAAUGCAGACAUCCAACAAGCCUGGGUUCAGGACAUCAACCAAGUCUUGGAAACACAACGAGAUUUUUUAAAUGCGCUACAAUCACCAAUUGAAUAUCAGCGGAAAGAGCGGAGCACAGCUGUCAUGAGGACCCAGCCUCCCAGAGUGCCCCAGACCAGCCCCAGGCCCUACUCUGCUGUCUCUGUGGGGGCUGAAAAGCCCCCGAAGGGCUCCAGCCGUAACCCAUCACUGCCACCCCUGAAGAUAUCUACCUCCAAUGGCAGUCCAGGGUUUGACUACCACCAACCUGGGGACAAGUAUGAGCCCAGCAAGAAUGACCUGGGAGGGUGCAACGGGACCUCCUCCAUGGCCGUGAUCAAAGAUUACUACGCGCUGAAGGAGAACGAGAUCUGCGUGAACCAGGGCGAGGUGGUCCAGGUUCUUGCCGUCAACCAGCAGAACAUGUGCCUGGUCUACCAGCCUGCUAGUGAUCAUUCCCCUGCAGCCGAGGGCUGGGUCCCGGGCGCCAUCCUGGCACCCCUCACCAAAGCCACAGCUGCAGCAGAAAAUAGCGACGGGAGCAUCAAGAAGUCAUGUUCAUGGCACACUCUACGCAUGAGAAAGCGGGCGGAAAUGGAGAACACGGGUAAAAAUGAAACCACAGGGCCUCGUAAAUCCAAGGAGAUUCUGGGCAGCAAAGUCUCAGUUAAAGAGACGAACAGUUCCGAGGAGUCAGAAUGUGAUGAUCUUGACCCUAAUACUAGUAUGGAGAUUUUGAAUCCAAAUUUCAUUCAAGAAGUUGCUCCUGAAUUCCUCGUGCCCCUGAUGGAUGUGACCUGCUUACUGGGGGAUACCGUGACCCUGCAGUGCAAAGUGUGUGGGAGACCAAAGCCCAACAUUAUUUGGAAGGGCCCUGACCAGAACAUCUUGGACAAUGACAAUAGCACAGCAACAUACACAGUCUCCUCCUGUGAUUCUGGUGAAAUCACUCUGAAGAUCUGCAACCUGAUGCCCCAGGACAGUGGGAUUUACACAUGUGUAGCAACAAAUGACCAUGGGACUGCAUCAACAUCAGCUACAAUCAAAGUGCAAGGUGUCCCAGCAGCACCAAACCGUCCCAUUGCCCAAGAAAGGAGCUGCACCUCAGUGAUUCUCCGAUGGCUGCCUCCAUCCAGCACAGGAAACUGCACUAUCUCAGGUUACACAGUGGAGUACAGGGAAGAAGGUUCCCAGGUCUGGCAGCAGUCUGUGGCUUCAACUUUGGAUACUUACUUAGUCAUUGAAGACUUGAGCCCUGGAUGCCCUUACCAAUUCAGAGUCAGUGCCAGCAAUCCCUGGGGAAUCAGCUUACCCAGCGAGCCAUCUGAAUUUGUGAGACUCCCAGAAUAUGAUGCUGCAGCUGAUGGUGCUACCAUUUCAUGGAAGGAAAAUUUUGAUUUGGCUUACACGGAGCUGAAUGAAAUUGGAAGGGGUCGGUUCUCCAUCGUGAAGAAGUGCAUUCACAAAGCUACUCGAAAAGAUGUUGCUGUGAAAUUCAUUAGCAAAAAAAUGAAGAAGAAGGAACAGGCAGCACAUGAAGCUGCCCUCCUCCAGCAUUUGCAGCACCCUCAAUAUGUCACACUCCACGAUACCUAUGAGUCACCCACAUCGUAUAUCUUGGUAUUGGAACUGAUGGAUGAUGGCCGACUCUUGGACUAUCUUAUGAAUCAUGAUGAACUCAUGGAAGAAAAAGUUGCUUUCUACAUCCGAGAUACCAUGGAAGCCUUACAGUAUCUACACAAUUGCAGGGUUGCUCAUUUGGACAUCAAGCCAGAAAACCUGCUCAUUGAUUUACGGAUUCCUGUGCCUCGAGUGAAGCUUAUUGAUUUGGAGGAUGCUGUCCAGAUCUCAGGUCAUUUCCACAUCCACCACUUGCUGGGGAAUCCCGAGUUUGCUGCCCCAGAGGUGAUCCAGGGCAUCCCUGUGUCCUUGGGCACAGAUAUCUGGAGCAUCGGGGUCUUGACCUAUGUCAUGUUGAGUGGGGUCUCCCCCUUUCUGGACGAGAGCAAGGAGGAGACAUGUAUCAACGUCUGUAGGGUGGACUUCAGCUUCCCUCAUGAGUACUUCUGUGGGGUCAGCAACACGGCAAGGGAUUUCAUCAAUGUGAUGUUACAAGAAGACUUCCGGCGGAGACCCACGGCAGCCACCUGCCUGCAACACCCUUGGCUGCAGCCCCAUAAUGGCAGCUACUCCAAAAUCCCCCUGGAUACCUCACGACUGGCCUGCUUCAUAGAACGCCGGAAGCACCAAAACGAUGUUCGCCCCGUUCCCAAUGUCAAGAGCUUCAUAGUCAGUCGGAUGAACCAAGGGACAUAAGCCUGCUCCCUGUCCUUGAGGCUUGACUGGGAUGCACAGUGUGAGCAAAAAUGAGCCGUUGUUGGGCUGUAAAUAGUUCUGUGUUAAACCAUUUGACUUUCUGAAGUUCCCCAGAUUAAGUGAUGUCCCUCAUGCACCUUUUUCCAGUGGUUAUUCAAUGUUUAAACAGUAAAACCCACCCUGAAUCUAGGAGUUUUCUGAUAGUGGGCUAAUUACUCUCUUUCUAAGGUUAUUCUGCAAAGGCAAGGAAUAAGCUAAGUGUUGGGAUUGUGGAAAAUAGAAGGGGUGAGGGUAGGAAAGGGCCUGCUUGGCUACUUUCAGGUGGACUUAGGUCAAAGUGGAAAAUCAUGAUUUCCAAGUGGAGUCUUAAGUAGAGUCAACUGAAGUUCAUGGUAGUGAGCCAAUACAGAACUGAAAAGCAUUCUUUAUUGAAAUCUUCAAAAACAGCCACAGAAUUCUGUGUAAUAGAGGCAGCCCAUCUAUCAACUGCUCCAGAUUAGGAUCUUAGCUGUAACUUAAGUGAACAUACAGUAGAAUAUAUCCCACCCAGGUUUCAGAGUUUUAUGAUAUAUGUGUAUAUAUGUAUGUAAAAUAGAGAUAGCUUUAAAAUCAAUCACCAGUACCUUUCUGUGCUAGAGUUAAAACAGUUAUUUCUAGGAGCAGUAAGUCGUUUUGACUUAAGCACAAUUAGAUGAUGGAUUUUUUAAAAGUAUUUUAUAAAACCUUGUACAGAAAUCUUUUACCAAAACUGGAGGAAUUGAUGUUACCCCUUUUUUCCUGUAUCUCUAUGAGUAACUCCUGACUUUGCUUCCAGCUGAAGGUUUAUUUGAUGAACACUGAAUUGUGUCUAUAAAUUCUCCUGUUUCAUUGACAGCUCAGAAAUGAUCUCGUAGAGAAAUCUGCUGGAGAGCUAGGCUAGCAUGGAAUUUAAAUUUUGCACAUCCAUUCAUGGAUAAUGAGCAAAUCCAGGGAUCUAUUUUUAUGCCUCCACCUGACUUUGAAAUAGGUCCAUGAAUAUAAUAUGUUCAUUUGAUAGGGCCAUUAGAAACCUUUCUUACAGUUCUUAUCCAUGAGGGAGCAGAAUUCUAAUUCCUUCUACAGAAAUGCAUCAGACAUUGGGAAUCUUCCCUUGUAUCUCUAUCAUUACUAACAUCACUGAUAUUUGUCUACUAGGAUAAAGCAGCCAUCUGUCUUUCUUCAAAAGGCCUGGAAAAACCAAAAUUCCUAUAGAAAUGAGUGAGACUACUCUCUCUUUUGGUUCCUGGAUUUCCAAAUGAUAUCAAAACCAGUUUUUUGGGGGGCACUCAUUUUGGAGCUGAAAUCUGCCUUCUCCUGAGCAAAAACUCCUCCUAACAUCACUUGAAAAUCAGACUGGAGGACACCAAGGAGACAUUUCAUUUUGAAGCCAUGAAACAAAGUCCCAUAGAUUAUCCAAAAGGAACAUUGUUUUCCUUGGGACUGCAGUAGAUGUUAAUCCUAUGCUAGGCAUUUCUCUGAACUCCCCAAACCAAUUUAAAGUCUGAUGUUGCUCUCUAGACUAGAGGAUGCUGCCUCAGAAUAAGGCUAUAUUACUAAUUGCCCUUUCUUCUUUGGUAGAAGCAAAAAGUGCUAAAAACUGAGUAUUUUUACUCUAAUUUUAUAUAAGAUCUCACCCAUACUUUCCAGGAUGUCUUUUAAAAUGUGCUAUCAUACAGCUGACAUUUUUAAGCCUACCUGAAUUAUCUACCCCAAUAAGAUUUCCCAGCAUUCCUUCUCCCUUCCAACAGGAAGGACCCAAAUCCUGCAGUACAGAGAGUGCAAGCAGGUCAUUUGGGAAUGGUUCCCCAGCAUCCAUCUGCAUGUUUGGGUGGGGAAAAAAAAUAUUGAAAAUCAAAUCUGAACUAAGAUAAUGUCCAGAAACCGUUCAUCUCACAGUGGAAAUGUAGAAUUAGUAAUAGCUCACUAAAUAUUUUUCACAGUAUUAAAAGGCAACUUCAUUAUCUACCUUUCCCUGUCUCCACAUCAUCCCUAAAAUUUUCUUGAAUUUAUGUAUUAACUAAUUAGUAGUAAGUACAAGCAAUAAGACUAGGUAGCACUUAGUAUUUUUGGGAUUAACCAAAUAUGUGUAAACCGACUCUGACUGUAUUUGUUUUCUAGCUUGUGAAAAUGGCCUUGGGUUACCUAUUCAAAUGCCUUGGAGACUAUUGAAUUGCUCUCUAUACGCUCCACUCAAAGACAUACACAAUUUGAAUUUUUUUUUAAAUCAUCUAAAUUCCUAAGACCUCCAUAGUAAA